CUGGCGUAUACGUGUGUAUAUAAAAUCUGACAUUAGUGAUUAUAAGUUUGUGUUGUGUACAAAAAUGUUGAUAAUGUCUUGAAGAUACAAAAACGAAUAUUUAAAAAAAAUAGAAUCAAUUAAAAAAAUCAACCAUGAAACAAACUCAUAAUAAUAAGUAUGAAAAAUUGGUACGGAAUUCGAAAGAAAAAGAUAUUGAAGUACAAUCGGUUGUUAAUCCACUGUAUAAUAGCGGGACGGAGGGAAUAUCCAAUAUGUGGUUAACAACGGCCGAAGCCAGCAGUCUAGCCUCAGAAGAAGUUGCUUCACGAUUACGGGUAGACGUACGCACAGGAUUAAAUCGACGAGAAGCAGAUUUACGUCGACAAUUAACGGGUUAUAAUGAAUUAACAGUAAAAGAAGAGGAACCUACAUGGAAAAAAUAUGUAGAACAAUUUAAAAAUCCAUUGAUAUUAUUAUUAUUAGGUUCAGCAUUCGUUAGUGUUUGUAUGAAACAAUUUGACGAUGCUGUCAGUAUAACAAUUGCGAUUAUAAUUGUUGUAACAGUCGCUUUUGUACAAGAAUAUAGAUCUGAAAAAUCUUUAGAAGAAUUGAAUAAGUUGGUGCCCCCGACAUGUCACUGUUAUCGAGAGGGACAUGUCGAGAGUUUUCUGGCACGUGAAUUAGUACCAGGAGAUGUAGUAUUUUUAAAUGUCGGUGAUAGAGUUCCUGCAGAUUUACGAUUAAUUGAAGCCAUAGAUCUUGCCGUUGAUGAAAGUAGUUUCACGGGUGAAACAGAACCAGCUAGAAAGCAAACACAAGCCACAUUAAAAGCAAUGGGUCAUAGUGAAAUGUGUAACAUUGCAUUUAUGGGUACUCUUGUCCGGUGUGGAAACGGAAAAGGAAUUGUAGUAAGUACAGGAGAAAAAUCUGAGUUUGGAAAUGUUUUUAAAAUGAUGUUAGAAGAGGAAGCACCAAAAACACCCCUACAACGUAGUAUGGAUGUUUUAGGAACUCAAUUAUCAUUUAUAUCUUUUAUUAUUAUUGGUGUGAUUAUGCUUUUGGGAUGGCUCCAAGGUAAACCAAUUCUAGAGAUGUUUACAAUUGGUGUCAGUUUAGCUGUGGCUGCUAUUCCCGAAGGCUUACCCAUUGUGGUUACGGUAACAUUAGCAUUAGGUGUAAUGCGUAUGGCGAAACGAAACGCCAUUGUUAAAAAACUUCCAACAGUUGAAACAUUGGGAUGCGUAAAUGUUAUUUGUUCAGAUAAGACAGGAACAAUCACUAAAAAUGAAAUGACAGUGACAGUGUUAGUGACUUCGGAUGGAUACUUAGCAGAAGUUUCAGGGGCUGGAUAUAACGAUCAAGGAGAAAUACGUUUUCAUCGGUGUGAUAAUAUCGACCGUGCUCGAGAGUCAGUAUAUAAUCUAUUAGAGGUUGGCUCAGUGUGUAACAAUGCUGUAAUAAAUGGUGAAACACUAUUGGGAACACCAACUGAAGGUGCACUUUUAGCUGCUGCUAUGAAACACGGAAUGUAUGGAAUAAGUGAACGCUAUAUUCGAUUAGAAGAAUUGCCAUUCUCAUCUGAACAAAAAAUGAUGAUUGUGAAAUGUAUACAUAAAUAUAGUGAUACAAAAGAUGAAGUAUAUUUUGUGAAAGGUGCAUUAGAUCGUAUUCUACCAAAAUGUACUAAGUAUAUUCAUAAUGGACAAUUACAUAUGUUUGAUAAAAAGAAACAAGAUGAAUAUCUAGCUGAAGCACAUGAAAUUGGUCGCAAAGGUUUAAGAGUAAUUGGUAUGGCAAAAGGUUCCUCAUUAAAUGAUUUAAUAUACAUGGGUUUAGUUGGUAUAUGUGAUCCACCACGUCCAAUGGUACGUGAAUCAAUCAGCAUAUUACAACAAUCUGGCGUUAAAGUAAAAAUGGUGACUGGAGAUGCAUACGAAACAGCUGUUGCCAUCGCUAAUACAAUUGGUUUAGAUACAAUGCAGCAUAUGCAAACACUAUCUGGUGAUCAAAUUGAUUCAAUGUCUGAUAUCGAAUUAGAGAAGUGUAUAAAUAAUGUAAGCGUGUUCUAUCGUGUUACGCCCAAACAUAAGUUAUCCAUUGUAAAAGCGUUACAACACACCGGUAAUAUUGUGGGUAUGACUGGUGAUGGUGUUAACGAUGGUGUAGCAUUGAAGAAAGCUGAUAUUGGUAUUGCUAUGGGUAAAAAUGGUACAGAUGUAUGCAAGGAGGCAGCUGAUAUGAUUUUAGUUGAUGAUGAUUUUCAUACAAUAAUUGCAGCAAUUGAAGAAGGGAAAGGUAUAUUUUAUAAUAUCAGGAACUUCGUUCGAUUUCAACUAUCCACUUCCAUUGCAGCCUUAUCACUAAUUGCACUAGCAACAUUGAUGGGAAUACCAAAUCCACUUAAUGCUAUGCAGAUUUUAUGGAUUAACAUUAUAAUGGAUGGCCCCCCAGCUCAAAGUUUAGGCGUUGAACCUGUUGAUCAUGAUGUUUUAAGACAGCGUCCACGUAAUACAAAAGAACCAAUGAUUACACGUGCUGUAAUAAUAAAUGUAUUAAUGUCAGCGUCUGUAAUUAUAAUUGGUACAUUGUGGGUUUUUAAACGUGAAAUGAGUGAUAACAUAAUUACACCACGUGAUACAACAAUGACAUUCACAUGUUUUGUAUUAUUUGAUAUGUUUAAUGCUUUAUCAUGUCGAUCACAAACAAAAAGUGUAUUCACUAUUGGUUUGUUUAGUAAUCGAUUUUUUUUAGUGGCUGUUAGCCUGUCAUUACUUGGCCAACUUGCAGUCAUUUAUUUCCAACCAUUGCAAGUGGUCUUCCAAACUGAAGCACUCGAAUUAAAGGAUUUAGUAUUUCUUGUAUCAUUGACAUCAACUGUAUGGAUUAUCUCAGAGAUAAAGAAAUUUAUUGAACGCACAAUUGAAAAGCGCAGUUUAAUGCGGGGAAUGAGAGCGGAUCUGGAUUAUGUAUGACAAAUGAAAACAGCCAGAGGAAAGACUCAUGCCCAAUAAUAAUUCUCUUGUCAGAAAUCUGUUGUACGUUUUGAACGUGUACGGAUAUUGAGAAUGUUUCCAACCAUCAGCACCUGAUCUUCCUUACUAACUAUUGGCAUUUUAUAACACGUGUCUUGUUCGUAACUAAAAACAAAUACCUGUUACUACAGCAGUUACUUAAUAACACUUCAUCAGCAUCAAAAACCUGAACUCCUAUUUCAUAUUCUGGUGAACAUUUAAUAAACAUUUAUCUCUGUUGAAGAAAAGAAUCUAUUUGUGUUGGAAAUUGGCUGAAGUCUCUCUGGUUGUUAGUUAUUUCAUUAAAUUUUUUAAUUUUUUUUUUCUUUUUAAUCAUUGAUUUAUCUCAUUAAUUUAUUUCUGUAAAACUAGUCAUUUAU